AUCAAAACAAUAAUGCAGUACUCGGAACAAUUAUUGUCAUAUUUUAAAACCAACGGUAUAAAAAUUUUUGACUAUUCGCAACACAAGAAUCGUAAAUAUAUUGGAAAAGGCGGAUUUGCUAUUGUAUAUUCAGCCAUUUUGGAAGGAGAAGAGCGCGCAUUAAAAAGUUUAAAUAAUAACUUGGGUUUAAAUGAUCAAGAAUUCAAACAAUUCAGCCGCGAG